AUGAAAUCGCUCUGCCUUUUGAUCGCGCUCGCCGCCUGCGCGACGUUGAGCUAUUCGCUGGCUAUCCCGGCUGUCAGGGACGACACCCUUGGCUGCAAUGUUUGCAUGACGGUGGUUGAAGACGCAGAAAACUACGAAGGAGAUAACCUAAAGGAGCAUGAGGAUGACAUCAUUAAGAAUUGCGAGGCCAAGAACCCUGGCAUGCAGGGAAAAAUUUUCUGCGACUGGGUCGUGAAGAAUGAGCUCGAAAAUAUCGAGAAGCAGCUCAAGGAUCCCGAGCACGAGAGGAAGACGCCGAGAAGUUCUGUGACGGCGUUCACAUCUGCCACGAGAAACAGUGAUUUUGGCAUAAAAGAGAGU